ACUGAACAAUGCCUGUCUGUGAUCAAGCCAGUUAUCAGCACCUAAGGGUUUCCAAGCCAAGGGUGUGAACACAGGCUCAAUAAAAGGAAAACAGGUUUUGCUUCAUUUAGUCAAAGUCGCUGAAGAGUGAACAACCUGAACCUUUGCAGCAGCAGCAUGUGUUGUGCCAGCUUCUCAACAUGGACAAGGCUUUGGCUCUGAAAGAAAAAAUGAAGAGCUGCACAAAACUGAAAAAGGAGCACCUGAACCCUAAAACUUGGAUGAAAGAUGAAAAUGUGAAAGGAUUUAAAGAUUUUGUACUGCGCAAGGAGUCAGAUACGCAGAAAGACACAAGUUUUGACAAUGCAGAGAUGUUGCUUGACAUUGAGAGGGAGUACUUAGAAGCAGCUAAAAAAAAUGAUGUAGCAACGAUGAAACUCCUUGAAAAGAAUGUCAAUGUCAACACAAGAAAUAUGCAUGACCGCACUGCCCUCCACUAUGCCACUGCUGGGAAGAACAAGGAAGCCGUGGAAGUUCUGCUGCACCGGAGAGCGAAGUUGGACUUGGCUGACAAGUAUGGAGUAACAUCUCUUCACCUAGCCGCAUGGUUCGGCAGCCUGGACAUAAUGAUGCUGCUGGUCCAGGGGGGAGCAGACCAGAAGAUUGAAAAUCAGGAAGGGAUGAACAUCAUGCACUGUGCUGCUAUCAACAACCACAGAGACAUUGUUAAAUACAUCGUCGAUGACUUACAAAUGAAAAAGUUGGACAAAGAAGACAAGUCAGGGAAGAGACCAUUUCACCUGGCAGCAGAGCAUGGCAGUCUGGAAAUGCUCCAGAUGAUGAUGGAAAAGGAAUAUGAGAUGGACACAAUGACAGGGGACCUGAAUGGCAACACACCGUUGCAUCUAGCAGCUAAAAACGGACAUUUAGAUGUCAUUGAACUGCUCCACCACAACUAUCAAACCCGAAAUGAAGUUAAUAAGGCUGAGGAGACUGCCCUCUACUUGGCUGCUGAUGGAGCUCAUGAAGAAUGUGUGGAGGCUCUGCUGAAAGCUGGAUGUGACCCCAAUAUUGCGACCAAAGCUAACCACAGUGCUUUGCAUGCAGUGUCAGAAAAGGGUAAUACGCCUUUAGUGAAUCUUCUCAUCGAAAAUGGGGCUGACAUGAACUGUCAAAACGAGCAAAAACUGGCUCCCAUCCACCUGGCUGUUAAGAAUAGCCACAUCCCUGUCAUACACACACUGAUUAAGUCUGGCUGUGAUGUUAAUGUCACCGAUGAUAGGAGGCAAACUGCUCUUCACAUUGCUGCAGAGCUGGGAAAGCCAGACAUCGUGGAGAUGAUACUUAAAGCUGAUAGUGACCUUUCAAUGCAGGACAAGCAAGGUAAAACUGCACUGGGUGUAGCAGCCAGGGGAAAUGCAGUGAUUAUUGUGGACAUGAUCAUAAAAGCAGAGAGGUACUACGCGUGGAAAAAGACACAUGCUGAAUCUAAUGAAACCCUUCACUAUGAAUCUCCGCUGACAUUUAAAUUAGACCACAAAGCAGAGACCAAGCAGAUCCGCGCUACAAUUUGGAAUCUUGCCUACAACUUAUUAAAGCCUAACGACUGGAAGAAGUUGGCACGACACUGGGAUUUUACUGACCAGCACAUAGCAGACAUUGAAGAGCAAUGGACAGGACCGAAGAGUUACCAGGAACAUGGACACCGGAUGAUAUUAAUCUGGCUACAUGGAAUCCUGAUAACAGACAAGAGUCCUGGUAAAGAACUCUAUGAAGCCCUGGUUUCUAUAGGAAGUAAAAGUGUGGCAGACAAAAUAAGAGCUGAAACUACUGGCAAAGAAAUGAAGAAAUGUACAGUUUCUUGACACCUCCCUGGGGAGCCCUAAAACCAACAUACUCUGUUAUGUAGGAGAUGAAUUCCAUGGAUAUUAUCUGAGUGGCAAAACUUUAACUGCAGGAGAAACAGUAUUACUGCUGUAACUGGAAACCUAACAC